AAAAGGUACGUACCUAUUUGAAUACUUUGACAGUAAUAGGUAUGCAUAACGGCUAAAUAUCAUUGAAGUGGUGAAUCCCCACAAGUGACAGAGGUUGCCAACAGUCGGUUGCGAUAUUAAAUUAGUCAUUUUAUUACACUAUUCUAUAUAGAUAACGGGGAUUCAAUUUUCAAGUUUGCUAAUGACACAUUUCUGUCAAGGACAUUUAGAGUGAAUUUAUUGAUAAGCGAAGCAUUAUCGCGGCAAUACUUAUAAUAAGAUAUUAUAGAAGUGUGGUCGUAAAAAUGUGUUCAUAAAAGUAUGUUCAAGGAUUAAUAAAACAUUGAACAGGCCAAAUCAUUCUAUUCUUCUGUCCUUACGUUAUUAUUGCGAGUCUGACUCGCGAUACAACAAAUAGUUUUAGCCUAUCACCCGUUGCUUAACUCUAUUCUUAUUAUUAGUUAUAUAGCGGCUGCAGAAAUCAACUGUUAAGCUUACACAAAUUAUUAGAUUCAGCCUGGUGUCAGACGGACAGACAUAGGAACCUUAAUAGGGUUCCGUUUUUAUCCUUCGAGUAUGGAAAAAUAUUUGAGAUGACAUUUAAAGUUUAUCUUAUGCAGCGAGCCCGCAGCCAUACUCGCAAUUGUUUUACCUUAGUGACUUAUAACACCAUUCAUCUUUUGCCGAUUUCUUACUAACAGUUAUACCUACUAAAGAAAAUGUUGAACUCACCUGAAACAAAACAGUGCAGAUUAGCACCGUGGGGCUUCGUUCUAGAGCCCGCAAGCUAUCUACUUAGCGUCCGCCCGCCCCAGUGUCCACCCACCGGUUCAUGGAUACCUCAACAUUAACUAAAAUCAAGACGUGUUUCAUUUGAAUAACAGCAAGAAUUUGGAGUUGACCUUCUCUUCUUUCAGUCUUCUGCCCAAUCAUGGAUAACAUGGAUAUGCCCGAUGAGCCAGCCUGUCAACUGCGACGACGGAAGACAUCUGGGAACCCUAACCUACCAUUGAGCCUGGAUGUGGAGUACUUGGUCAGCGACGGGGAUCCCGACCAAGGAACUCCAUCUCCUAGCCAUAUAAAGCGUUUAGCUCAUACUAAACAGAAGUCUUCGUCAUCUGCGCUCCUUGACUAUAAGAAUAAGCAGCAGUCUUUCGAUAUUCAGGUGAGGUUUCAGGUUGAAGAGUGUGAAGAAGAAGAAAUAAUAAUAGAAAGUGAGGAGGAAGAUGACGAGAAUGGCGAGGCCGAUCGCUCUGUAACGCCAACGCCUAUACAAGACUUUGCAGCCAACGUUGUUUAUACUGAAGGUCCACAAGUCGCGGACUUCUUAAGGGUUAAAGCUGUGGAGACCGACUGUUACACGGACGUAUCCGAUGCGGACACGGACGAGGAAGAAAACGAAUAAAAUAAACGUAGACAAAUAUUCCAAAUAAAUACUCAAUGUUAUAUGAAAGAGUUAUCUCAAAGUAUGUAUUAUAUGAAAACGCGUUGAAAAUAUACAAGUAAAUGCUUUAUUAUU